AUGAUGCAGAUGGAAGAAGAUCAGAAAGUGAGUGAUUAUUUUUCCAAGAUAACUGAGAUUGUGAAUUUGAUGAAGAAUUAUGGUGAAAACAUUUCUCAUCAGAUGGUAGUUGAGAAAGUCUUGAGAUCUUUGAGUCAAAAGUUUGAUUUCAUAGUAGUAGCAAUCCAAGAAGCAAAGGAUGUGAAGACUAUGAAGAUUGAAGAACUGCAGAGUUCUCUUGAAGCACAUGAACUAUUGGUGAUUGAUAGAAGUUCUGAGAGAUCAGACCAACAAGCCCUUCAGGCUCAAACAAUCAAGAAAGAGGGAAAUUCCAAGAAUUUCAAGAAAGGGAAGGGUAAAUCAAACUGGUCAAAUAAUGGAAAAUCUAGAGCUAAGAACAAAACUGAAUCUUCCAAAAGAGGAGGUUUUGUUAAGAAUCAAAAUAAGAAGAAGGAUUUUGACGAGAGUAAGAAAGAUCAGAAAACUGAAGAAGCCAAUAUUGCUCAUGAAGGUGACCUUGAUGCAGUGUUGUUAAUGGCUGCUACAUGUGAAGAUAAGAUGAAAGGUGAAGAGUGGUAUCUUGAUUCUGGGUGUUCUAAUCACAUGACAACGCAUAGAGAGUGGUUAACUAAUUUUGAUGCUAGCAAGAAAACUAGUAUCAAGUUAGCUGAUAACAGGAAACUUGCAGCAGAAGGAAGUGGAAAUAUAGUGAUAAAGAGCAAUUUUGGUGGUAAAAUCAUAAUUGAAGAUUAUCCUUUGCCACCAGGCCAACCUCAGGUUCCUGUCAAUGCCAUCGCUCAACAGGUACAACAUCAGCCGCCAGUUGAUAAGUGCUCAAAAUGA